UUACACUUUCGUUUUUACAAUAUUUUGUACACUGCAAAUAUCAAUAUCGUCAAAAUUUAUGUCGGUUAUUAUAUUAUCAUAUACUAUGAUAGAUCGCAACAAAUAUUGAGGGUGUAUUUAGUUUAUUAUUAAUCAUUUUCUUCAUCGAAACACAUAUGGACAGGCAAACUUUGAUACAUACGUAUUAAACUGGUUGUCUAAAUCGGUGGUUCCUCCGGAGUUAGUAUUGACAUAAAUCCGGUCCAUCAGUUGUCACUCUGACACCUAAUCAGCUUUAAAAACCCAAUUUUUCGCAAUUUUUUCAAUAAGAGAUUAUCUUAUAAACACUAUAAUUUUAAAUGUACUGAUAACCAGAGGUCAGUUGUAGUAGAACCUUAAACAUGGCAGCCCCAGUAGUCAUUGCUGCGACCACGAAACACACAGGAACACUAAUUUUCUUACAUGGAUUAGGAGACACUGGGCAAGGAUGGGCAAGUGCUAUGGCUGCGGUGAGACCUCCUCAUGUAAAAGUAAUUUGUCCUACAGCCCCUACAAUACAAGUCACUUUGAAUGCAGGUUUUCGCAUGCCAAGUUGGUUUGAUCUGAAAUCACUAGACGAAUCAGGACCUGAAGAUGAACCAGGUAUUAAAGCUGCAACAAAACAAAUCCAUUCUUUGAUUGAAACUGAAGUAAAUGCAGGAAUCAGUGUAGACAGGAUUAUUUUGGGGGGAUUUUCUCAAGGAGGAGCUCUUGCGUUGUACUCUGCUCUUACUUAUCCUAAAAAGAUUGCUGGGGUUGCAGCUCUAUCAUGUUGGUUGCCUUUAAAUAAAUCUUUCCCAGCAGCUAAGAAAACAGAAGACACUUUACCAAUAUUGCAGUGCCACGGCGACUGUGAUCCAGUAGUCCCUUACAAGUGGGGCCAAAUGACCGCAUCUGUAUUAAAGAACAUGCUUAAAGACGUUGAAUUCAAAUCAUACAGGGGCUUGUCACAUUCUUCUUCGGACGAAGAACUUAACGACAUUAAGCAAUUUAUAACCAAAAACCUACCUAGUCAAUAGAUGAUUCUUUGUGAAACUAUUUGUGUUCCUUACAUACUUCUUAUUCAAUUCCCAUUAAGGGGGGUUCGAAAAUAUAUUGGUAAAUAGGGCGAAUUCAAUUUAAAAAAAAUGUAAUUGAAUAUUAUAUACAUAGUGAUAAAAAGUAUUUGUAAAAUAUGACUAGAUAUGAUUAAAUCUUCAAUUGCUAUGUACAAAA